AUGUCGGCAUAUGCUAAAUUUUGGAAGGAGAUCCUCUUUGAUAAACAGAAUCUUGAAGAUGAGCCUAUCACUUUGCCAUACCAAGUCAGUGCUCUUAUGCAAAGAGACAUGCCCAAGAAGCAAAAGGACCCCUGGAGCUUCACCUUGCCGGUGAAUAUAGGUGAUCUAGGGCCUAAGGGUACAUUGACCGAUUUAGGGGCGAGUGUGAGUGUGAUGCCAUUGUCCAUAGCUAAGAAGCUUAACUUUCCUCUUUAUCCUACGCAAAAAAUUAUUCAAUUGGAGGACUACACUAUGAGAGUCCCCCAUAAAGAGUUGGAGGAUGUCCCAAUCCAAGUUGGGCAUGUGUUUGUGCCUUGUGAUUUUGUGGUGAUGGAUAUAGAUGAAGAUCUGGAGACUCCUCUUAAUUUUGGAACAGAGGCUCUAAAGAAAAUUAAUGAGCGAGUGGUGUUUGAGUUCUCUAAAACUUUGAAGAGGCCUAUAAUAGAGAGAAUUUGCCGUGGAAAGCUUGUGGAGAGUGAGAUUAAGUAUUCGGAGAGAGUGGCUCACACCGGAGAUGAGUUGUAUGCUUCUCUUAUCGAAGCUCCGAGCUUAGACAUGGAAGAGGUGAAAUAA